UGCAUCAGUCCCACAGUCACACGCAGGACUUACGACCACAACAACGCCAAGACCAACCACGUGAUAACCUCAAGUCCAACCACGUGAUAACCCCAAGUCUAACCACGUCACCAUAACAAGUCCAACGUCCCGACCUCAACGUCUUAAGUCUAGCUAAGCCACAUAGAAAAAGUCCGGUUAGAUGUAUGGAAUGAAGCUGUCAGUAGUGGUGAUGGUGUUGGCGGCUGUUGCUAGGGAGUCAGAGGCUGCUGUCUUCGGUGUGGGUAACAUCAUGGCACGCAGGUAUCCCAAAAACCCCGAGUUCCACACUAUGGAGGUCCCCGAAAUGGCCACGGCGACCCCAGGCGUCGCCAACCUCCCCGGUACCGUCGUUUCACGCACUGGAAGCCGCCCCGUCGACACCAACCUCUCAGGCACACGCCCCGUCGACACCGCCCAGGGCCCCAUUUACUACCCCGUUGGCCCUAUCUCCUCUCGCCCCGGCAAUAAAGCCGUUUAUUUCCACUUGGGGAGUUAUGGGCCCCGUCACCCCGUCCCUAUCCUCGUCCGCGGCAAGCCAGUCAGCAGCAGGGGAUACCCUCAACGAUCUGGCUACUCAUCCUACGGGAGAAGCCAUUAAGAGAUAUUAUGGUUUCUAGUUGUUUUCUACCUGGGCGACUCAUGACCCGGUGUUCUUUAUUGAGUGGGGAUGUUGAUUGUUUAUUUUUGUUUAUGGAAUGAGUUUUAUACCUCGUUGAUUCUCUCUGUUUGUUGUUCUCUAAGAGGUCUUUAAGUUCUCUAUUCAAGUGUUUCCGUCUAUGGUGUUUAAUAGCUUAAUGUCUCUAGUUUUCUAAGGGACUAGUACCCAGUUUAACUCAUGGUUUCUAAAUGGUGUCUAAAUAAGCACUGAUGUUCUCUAGUUCUCUAUCUGGAUAACUGGAGGGACUACUUGUUAAGGGUUUCUACCUCUACAGAACCUCACUAGGGUGUUGUUCUCUAAGUGAAGUAAUAGAAACCAAUAACUCUGGCUCUCUACCUAAACCAAACCUAACAGUUCUCAGCAUGAAGUGUCAGAAACCAAGGUCUCUAAUGUUGGCUUACCUUUAUGACGACCAUCUGUUCUCUAGACGUGGGUUCUAAAGUUCUCUAAUCCAAGUACUCCUCCAGCUUCAUCGAUGCAAAUCACAGAGGUUUCCAAAUGCUCUCUUCUUAAGCCAGCUGUUCUCUCGAUGUGGGAUCCUACGGUUUCUAUGCCAAGAACUCCAUCUUCGACGCUACCUUCCUGGUCUUCAAGUAUCACAGAGAAAAAAGUCACAAAUCAACAUCGUCCCUUUGGAAAAAUUAUGUUAUGGGUUUAAUACCAACAUUGUCCCCCAUCUUGUUUGUUCAUGAGACAUAAAUAAGCAUAAUUAAUCAUCAAUAGAUUUUUGUAUAUAAUAUCUAAAUGUUGAAUUUGUUAACUUUUAUUUUGGUAUUAAAUGUAUACUUUGAUGUUAUAUAUA